AUGAAUUGUUUUUCAAUUUGCAAAUUUUGUUCUUCAAAUAGUAAUAAAUUAAAUGUGGAAUCACCACAAAAAAAAGAGUAUUAUAAAGAAAAUUUAGAUCAGACAGAUAAUGAUUCAACAUAUGGUGUAAUAGAUACACAAGAUUCACUUACCAUUGAAAAUACUGAAAAAAAUAGAAAAUCAAUUAUUAUAAAUUCACCACAACCUUCUAAAAUAAUAAAUGUUUCCUUUCGCCAUAAAGCAAAAAAAGUACUAUUUGGUGGUGAUAGAUUAUCACAACCAGCUAUUAUUAAAGAACCUACUAAGGAUAGUAAUAAAUUAUUAAAUAGAAAAAGUUUACCAUUAUUUAAUAGUAAAAAUAAAAGAGAAUUGCCGAAAUUACCUGUACCAUCAAUUAAUGAAAAUACUUCAUCUGUAAAUAAUGAAAAUAAAAAUUUAUUUAUUUCAUCAAAAAAGAUAUCUUUUGAUGAGAAGGCGAACGAAGUUUAUGAAUCAAUUUAUCCAGAGACAGACUCUAUUGUUGAUCCAUUUUAUACAAAAAUAAUAAAUGAUAAUAAAAAUACUCAAAAAUAUGAUUAUCCUAUUUUUAACAAUAAAUCUAAAAAAAAUAAUGUUAAUGAAAAAAAUCAAAUUAAUGAUGAUCCAAUAUAUACAUCAGCAUCACAAAUAUAUGGUGGUAGUGAGGAUGCUUAUUCUAGUAUACUUUCUAAUGUUGGUGGUGAUAAAGAAAAUGGAUAUGCUAAAAUGACAGAAAGAAAAAGUAGUAAUGAUUCAGAUAAUAAUAUUCCAAUGGUUGAUGAAGAUUUACCUUCAUCAUCAACAGUACAAAAUUCAGUUUCUGUAAAUAUUGAUGCUUUGUAUGCUAAAAUAAAAAGACCAUCAAAUAAAGAAGGCAAUAAAAAUAAAGAGGUAAAUAAUAAAGAAACAAAUUUUAAUGAUUCUAUUCCAACUUCAAUAACUAAUGAUAAUAAAAUUUUACAAAAAGUUGAUAAUCCAACAUUUGACACUUUAUAUCAACAAUUAGAUGAAAGUGGUAGUGGUAGUAUUAUUUCAAGUAACAGUCAAAAUCCAUCAUAUAGAUAUAUCACAGUACGGGAGACUGUUGAUGUAGUUCGAGAACGGAUACGUCGUCAUGAAGAGGAAUUAUCAAGAGAAAGGAAUAAUAAUGUAGGUAACCAUGGUAGAGAACAUUAUUAUUCUACAAUAAAUGAAUAUGAAAGUGUUGGAGAUGGUAAUAUUUCUGAUAAUAUAUAUGAUAUAACAAAUUCCUCAUCAACAACAACAAAUUAUAUAAAUUCCAAAAAGACCAACAUUAUUAAUGAUAAAUCAUCAACAUCUAAUACAAUAAAUAGGGUAAGAAUUAUAAAACCAAGAAUUAUACCUUCAACAACAUAUCCUAAUAUGAAUAAAAUUUUAUAUAAUAAUAAUUAUAAUAAUCAAUCAAAUAUAAAAACAAAAAGUUGUAGUAUGGCAGAGAUUAAUAAUAUACACAAAAAAAGGUCAAAUGUCCAUACCAUAAAUAUAAAAUUAACAGGUGAAAAAUUUAAAGAAACUGAUAAAAAUGUGGAACCAGAUAUAAAUUUAAAGAAAACAUUUUUAUCAUCUUUUGAUAUUUCUUGGAGUAGUCCAUUAGACAAUGCAAUAACAUUUAUAUCUGAAAUGCUUGGAGAAGAAACUCCUGUUGAGAAUGUUUUUGAUGAUACAUUUAAUAUCAGUUAUAAUAUUAUUUCUGCUAGUAUUGAUAAAAUUAAAGAUUUAAGUGAUUCAAUGAUAAUGUCGAGGACCAAUUUUAUAGAUAAUGGUUGCCAGACAGAACGUAUCACAAAAAUACCAAAAGUAACAGAAAGAAAAAAAAGUAUAGAUAUUGGAACACAAACAUCAAAUAUACAAAAAAUAUUUGAAGAUAAUAAAAAAAAAUUACAAAGAAUAAAUAAAAUUUCUUCUAAAGAUUAUGUUUCAACAAUUGAUCUUAGUAAUGAAAGAAGUUGGCCAUUAAAAAAAGAAUAA